AUGACGGGGCUGGUGCUGACGGCAGCGGUCGUGCUGACAGCAGCGCCGUCGAUGGCGCUCGUGCAGCAGACACAAGUCAUUGCGCGGUGCCUCGAGUGGAAGAGCGACUCGUGCGUGUUCUUGCCGAUGGACCCCGUCGACUUUCCAGGCCUGAAACUCACGCGGCAGACUGUGUGCAAGGCAGAUUUGUCCGUCGCAGUGAAACAGAUUGACUGGGAAUCGUCUGCUGGCGGGCGCGGAUCAGUCGACAGCCUCCUUGUCAAUGGCGUCGAGAUGCUGCCAGCUCCAGUGUAUCCGUCUCAAGCGUACGUGAUUGGCAAUUACCCACACUGCGACGACAUGUUUAAUAUUUUCCCGCCCUUCGGAAAUGGAGUCAUUGGCCCAGAAGGACGCAAGUCCAUCAUCCCGGAGAUCACGAGCAACACGUUGCCGAUUCAUAUUCACUUUAGCUGGACUGGUCCACACGAUACGUUUCCCGUAUGUUCCAUGGCGGGAGUUUCCGUCACGGGCUAUGCAGAAAUCAAUAUUUAUCUCGAAGCGCAGGAUAAUACAGUUUGUCCGGGAUGGGAUGACGCUUCGCGCACGGCUUGCUUCGGUAAUGGCGAGUGCGGCUGUGCAGCAAACGACUUGAGUCCACGUACCUGUUCAUGCAUAAUCGGGUAUGCUGCUCCAGAUUGCCGCGACUGCGCCAGUGGUUUCUUCGGCAGUGGUUGCAAGAGAAUCUGUGAGCCGUGCCUCAACGACGGCUACUGUGAUUCAGGCUUGCAAGGGUCUGGAAAAUGCAUCUGUCCGGAGGGUUUUGACCCAGGCACCAGGUGUGCGACGUGCUUGCCCGGAUAUUUUGGAAACAGAUGCACGCGGUGUCCGGGUUGCAACUUUCCAUACGGUAAUUGCGAUGACGGCACGAAUGGCAGUGGUCGCUGCUCAUGCGCUGUCGGCUUUGACGCCGACAAGAACUGUAUGCAGUGCAUGGGCUCCUUUUUUGGCCCGACGUGCCAGCCUUGCAAACCAUGUGAUGGCGGUAAGUGCAACUACGGCAUUCUUGGCGAUGGCGAAUGUAUAUGCUCCGAGGGCUUCUCGGCAGAGUCACGGUGUCUCGAGUGCGAAAAGAACUUCUACGGACCGUCGUGCACUCCGUGCCGCACGUGCAACAACCACGGCCACUGCAAUGAUACUACUUCUGGCGAUGGCGGAUGCAUCUGUGACGAAGGGUACACGCCCGAAAGCCGAUGUUCACUCUGCGAUGAUGGCUGGGACUUCAACCCAAUGACCAUGUCAUGCCAGUGUGCACCGCAACACUUCGGACCUCACUGCCGAUCGUGCCCGAUCUGUGCCCCACAUGGACACUGCAACUCCGGAGCUGACGGCGACGGGCGGUGCAUAUGUGGUGUAGGAUGGUCCGACUCGAACAACUGCGUGGGAUGUAUGAGCGGCUAUUACGGUGAAACAUGCACUUUGUGUCGCAAAUGCGGCGAAGGACGUUGUGAUGAUGGAUUGCACGGCACGGGCAAGUGCAACUGUCACCGCGGCUGGGACUCGCUCACAAAUUGCUACGAUUGCGAGCAAGGGUUUUUCGGCGAGGACUGCCGACCCUGUCCGCGCGAUUGUGGCCAUGGCACUUGCUCAAGCGGACUCAAUGGGACUGGGGAGUGUAUCUGCCACGAGGGAUGGGAACUUGACGGAAAGCUUCCCUGCACUACGUGCGCUGACGGCUACAUCGGACCGACUUGCCAGUUGUGCCCAGGUUUUUUGGAAAACGAGGUGGCUUGCAACGGCCACGGCCAGUGUGUCAUGUCAGGGACACAAGCGGUGUGUUACUGUGACGCUCGUUACGGCGGACAGAGCUGUGAGUCGUAUGACUUUCCCUUUGCGAUGGUCGCCAUUUUGGGCACUAUUGCACUCUCAACGCUAGGUUUCUGCAUGGGCACCAUGCGUCGCCUUGCCCGCCAGCCACAUGCCUUGCAAGGGCCAUUCCUGAACCGUGGAAACAGUUUCUCGCAGUCUGAGUACGUCGAGAUUUCUGACAUGGCGGACCUGGAGUACUUUGUCUCCAACGACAGCCGCGACUGGCUCAUUCGGUUUGAUUCGCUAUCUUUGCAGUGCGAGGUGGGUAAUGGGACGUCUGGUCAGGUGUUCCGAAGCUUGCUGCACAGUGGCGGCGGCAGCUCGGUGGUGGCUGUCAAACGGCUGUAUAGUCCCGUGACCGGUCAGGAAUAUUUCCAGAGUUUCUUCCGACGUGAGGUGAGCAUUUUGAGCAGGCUGCACCACCCCAAUGUCGUGCGCUUCUACGGCGUGAGCUACUACAACCGCGUGCUGUACAUCGUGACAGACUUUUGUCCCAAGUCACUGAGUGUACUCAUCGAAAAUCCAGCAACCAAAGGUCCGCUGAAGGAAUCUGUCUUCAUGAAGGUGAUCAGCCAAAUUGUAAGCGGUAUGGGCUUCUUGCACAGUCGCAACGUGGUACAUCGCGACCUAAAGCCUGCAAACGUGCUUAUCUCGGAGACUGACGAUGUCAACAUUUGUGACUUCGGUCUGUCGCGGUUGAUCGAGCCUGACGCGACUACCAUGACCGCAGAAGUUGGUACGCCGAGUUACAUGGCGCCCGAGAUGGCUACCAUGGGCGGCAUCCAGUGCUCUACAAAAGGCGACGUGUACUCGUUUGGCAUCUUGCUAUACUCCACCUGGUCGCGAAGUAAACCCUACGGUGACCAAGGCAUGAAUCCUUUUCAACUGAUGACGGCAGUUGUAAAUGGUCUCCGGCCGGUGAUUCCAAUCAACUGUCCGCCCGCAUUGGCACGUCUCAUGCGGUCAUGCUGGCAUCAAAAUCCUCUUGUGCGUCCAUCUUUUCCGGAAAUUAGUCAAAUUCUAAAGGACCAGUGGCUGUUGUCCAUGUUUACUGAUGAGGAGGUGUACUGCUACCCUGAGAAGUCUCCACCGCUUUUAUCGGCCUCGUCGUCCAUGUCCACUACUGCUGCUGCAGCUUCUAGUAACCGCUGUGUUAGCAACGACGGUGCCAUCGCGGUACCACCGUCAGCACCAUCGCAUCACCACGACGACGACCACGAAGAUGACGAAGCCGUAUCCCCGCGAGAAGACGACCGUCUUUUGAACGAAGAAAAGCGGCCACGAUAG